AUGACGAUCGACUGGGAAAAAUAUUCUGGCACAAAAUUCAGUAUGUUCGCGACAUGCAAUGCCAAACUGUCGCAACGCUUCGCUAACAUGACGGUAAUUCUUUAUUCGACAGCUGUAAUAUUUUUUAGUAGCAAGAUUUUCGUAAAGCACGUGGAUGACAGCAACGCUUCCAACAUAUCCACACGGUUGCUCAUUCUAGAGAUGGAUCUACCAUUUGACGCUAAUCGAAGAUUUGUAUAUGAAUCAGUCAUAAUUACUCAAUUUAUUAAUUUGCUAUUGUGUGCCGACGCAAACUGUUUAAUAAAUGCUCUUCUCAUAAAUCUGAUAUUACAUAUAGGCGGACAAAUCGAUAUUCUUCGAGAGGGAUUAAAGGAAAUUUUUCCGAAGAAUGGAAAGUGUAAUCCGAGUCAUUUUACGAUAAAGAAGAUAAUUAAGAAGCAUCAGAAGAUCAUCACAUUUUCAGAGCACAUCGAAGAUCUAUACACGUAUAUUGUGAUGGUGCUGUUUGUAUCAGAUACUCUGAUUAUCUGCUGCUUAGGUUUUACAAUUGUUGCGUCGAUCGGUCAAUCCAAUGCUACGAAAAGUAUAAUCAGAAACUUCUUAUUUUAUGUCGUUAUAAAUGUGGAAGCGUUUGUAUAUUGUUUCGCUGGAGAAUAUUUGAGCGCUAAGAGCAAAAGUAUUGGAGAUGCUGCGUACGCUUCCCUCUGGUAUAAGUCAGAUUCUAGAGACAGUCGAAUUAUAUUGUCCUUGAUAAUGAGGUCGCAAAAUCAAUUAACUAUUACAAUAGGAAAGAUAAUGAAUUUGUCUUUGGGACAAUAUAGUACUAUUGUAAAAGCUUCAGCUUCUUAUAUAUCGGUCCUCCUUGCAAUGUAUUGAGAGAGGCGAAACUACAUUCUAUUAAAAACAAUUUUUU